AUGCCUCGCCUGCAAAUUCAUCACGCUACCUCGACCACUCCCACUCAUUCCCCUCGACAGACCACCAGCACGGUCAACGACGUUGUCAAUGCCCUGCAAAGAAAACUAACCGCGAACCACCUCGAUCCUCUGUCCACUCAAACUCCUCGGCGCCCAUCAUUCUCAAUGGACUCUCUCCUCCAUCACAAAAAGGACAAGAAACAUGAGGAAGUCAAGGAUCGCGACCCGCGUGGGCAAAAGCGCAUGUCGCUUACCAUGCGUCAUCCCAGUAAAUCCAAGGACCGGUCCUCGGGCCCAGCUCCACGAGUCCUCCCGGCUGAACCUGGUCGAUUCGAAAUGAUUAUUGAGUCUCCUCCGUUGGUGCUUUAUGGGAAUGUGAGCAACUCUACCGGCGCGCUACUCUCCGGUCGUCUGAAAUUGCUUGUCGAAGAUGCCACCGGCGAACUUCGACUACAGGAUUUCACCAUGCUUCUGCGAGCCACCAUAGCUACUAAAAAACCCGUGGGCAAGGAUUGCAAGGAAUGCAGCGAGCGCACUGAUGAGCUCAAGAAAUGGACAUUCCUCUCCGAACCAAAGACGUUUUACGAAGAGGAAGACCAUCAGUUUCCCUAUUCUUUUCUCUUCCCCGGCCAUCUCCCCGCCUCGACUCAAUCACAACUAGGCUCCAUUCAGUACUCUCUGGUCGCGUCCGCCACCACAUCUCACGGCGAGAGGAUCAUCCUGACUCAUCCCUUAACCAUCCAAAGAGCCAUUCAACCGGGGCCAGACAAAUCAAGUAUCCGAAUUUUCCCCCCCACCAAUCUGGCUGGCCGCGUUCAACUGCCUCCGAUUGUUCAUCCAAUUGGCACUUUUCCUGUCGCCAUGUCCUUGAGCGGUGUGGUGGAGAAGAAGGCCGAAAGCCAAACCCGAUGGCGGUUGAGGAAGCUCUCAUGGCGGGUGGAAGAACACAGCAAGGUCAUCUCCACGCCCUGCCCCAAGCACGCUCACAAGGUGAGCGAAGGAAAAUCCAUCUUACAUUCGGAGACCAGGAUGCUCGGUAAUGACGAGAUGAAAUCCGGCUGGAAGACUGAUUUUGAUACCGUGGGGGGUGAAAUUACCGUGGAGUUUGAAGCUUCCGUCGCGACCAAGUCCAAUCACAAAGCAACCUGUGAUGUCGAAUCUCCGGCGGGAAUUGAAGUCAAGCACAACCUGGUCAUUGAGUUGAUCGUCGCGGAGGAAUUCUGCCCCAAUCGAAACACCCAACUGAUCACCCCGACGGGCGCCGCACGCGUGUUGCGUAUGCAAUUCGGACUCUUGGUCACCGAACGAGCAGGAAUGGGUAUCAGUUGGGAUGAAGAGAUGCCCCCUGUCUAUGAGGAUGUCCCCGCAAGCCCACCAGGAUAUGGCAGCGCUGAUAAGAAUGAUGGUGCUUGGGGCGGUGCCAUUAUGGAAGACUAUCACGGCCCCGAGCUGGAAUAUGAAGAUCUCGAGUCUAUGGCAAACCGGGACUCUAAUGAUCCUCCAUCCUACCGCAAUGCUAGCCUACCAAUGCAUGAUCGACCUCAAAAUAGAAGAUACAGUUCAGGGGAAGGCCCCUCGCGAAUCAGCCCCCACAGAAGACAAUUGGAAGGCUGGACGAAUGACGAACUGGGUGCCGAACCUCCUCAAUAUGGACUGCGACCGAGACGGGACUCCGUCAGGAGCCAGACAAGCCCGGUAGAAGACUACCAUGAAGGAGCUACUUUGAACGCACAGCUUUGA